UGACGUAACACAUUUUUAAAUAGUCACGUGACUACGUAUACGGGUGACAAGUAAAGGGCGUAGUAUCAGCCGUCAAUGUCGAAAGUCGAGCGGUAAUCGUCUCAUGGGGCUUCACAUCGUCUUCCUAAUCCUCGCUGUUUCCUACGCACGUCGGACAGGCCUCACAGCCGACGCCGUCACUCACUGGCAGCUGAGCGAUGAAGGUGUUCCCGUCCCUCUGGCAACCGAACAAGCCGCUGACCGGCUGAUCCACGAUACUAUCAUGAGCACAGUUGUACGCAGCGUAGGCAUGCAACAGCAACACGUUGCUCGACGUGGUGAUGAGGUCGCUGAGAACCGAACUGAUGAGUCUAGCGCGCAUGAGAGAAAUGAGAAGGGCGCCGAAUGGCGGAGUGAGUCUGCGCGUGUGCAGGAGGAGAGUGAGGCGUAUGGAGUGUGUUUGCGUGGUGAAGAGCAUACGGUCACACAGGAGAGGUGCUCGGCCGCGGUGUCACAUGACAAAUGCGCACAUAAUCAGAUCACUCGUGAACAGCUGCCAAGCAGAGCACCCAAAGAGUUGGUCACAAAAGAAGUCAUAUCUCCACUAUCCUGUCACCUCCCAGCUGUAGUAACACAAUACGACUACCUCCCAGGACUAAAGAAUCGAAAGAAACACCCAAUGUAUCCAGAACCCGACGUCGCAAUGAUCUUCAGAGCAUCAGCAGCAUCAUCACUACACGACGUUGACAUGGACGAAGUAGAAAAAGAACUAAUAUCAACCGUCUUACGUAAACAGCUCGGCGAGACAGACUACAACAGACUCGGUAACUUUUGGCGUGUGAGAGGAGACACACACGAGGCAAUCGACUGCUACCGACAAGGUCUGAGUCGGAGCGCCGAUCACCCCGACUUGUUACUCAAUCUCGCUCGAGUGCUUGUUAACCUUGAGUAUUGGGACGACGCCAAGGAGCUCGUCAUGCGAUCACUACAAGUGAAAUCGCCUGAACACAACUCCUGGCUCGAGCAAUACACACUCGGCGAGAUCAGCAAAGAGAUCGGGAGUCUGGAGGACGCCAUCAUUCACUUUAGACAAGCACUAGAUCUUAAUCCGAAUUUUGAGAUGACGCAAUGUCAUUUACAAGAGUUAGAAGGCGACUCACAGUCUAUUGGGACGAUGCUCUAUACGCUCAUUAUCCUCAUGUUGUUGACUGCUGGAGUUUUUUGUUUAUUACUGUGGUUGCUUGGCGAUGACGACGAUGAGGGUCAGACUGAGACACCGAAUUACCAACAAGUGAAGCAUCGAGAUAAAUAUUCUAGGAUGUCGAAUACAAGAACUGGGAAGGCGAAACACAAGAGUAAAGGGUGAUUAGCAAACAUUGCUCUAAGCUAUUGCAUGCUCGGAGUCUUAUAUUGUAAUGGCAUAAUCGAAGGUAUUUCUAACAAACUGUCUUUUGCAAUUUGCGUAUUUACAA